AUUAGUCAAGUUCCGGAAACGCAAUCAGCUGGUGCUUGGCAGAGGCACAGUGCUAUAUAACAUGAACAGGUACUUGCUGAACAUUUCCUACAUUGGAACGACUUUUCGUGGUAUUCAGAAGACCGUGAACAAGUCUGAGCAGGCGCGGCUGGAUACUAAUUCCGUUCAGGGCUGCUUGGAGUUGGCCCUGCAAGUUUUCCGUCCCGCGAACGAGAUACAGACUGUGCUCUCCAGUCGCACAGACGCAGGUGUCCAUGCCCUGCACUCAACGGUGCACGUUGACUUGGAGCGGCGGGAUGGUCAGCCGUACGACACCAGCACACUGACUGGUGUACUCAACCGGACGCUCGAUAAGCAGCGCCUUCCGAUUCGGGUACUCAGCACACGGCUGGUGGCCGACUCCUUCCAUUGUCGCUACCACGCUAUCGGGCGAACCUACCUGUACCGCAUAGCCGUGGCGAAGACACCGCCCGCUACGGAUGAUAGUCACAGGCUGCGAAACCGGGGAUACGAGGCCUUUAUACCCGUGGAGGAAAUCGAUCGUUGUUUCUUCUUGCAGAGCCAAAACCCUAGCUUUGAUAUCGAACGAGUCCGAUUGGGGGCUCAGAUGUUUGUUGGUGUCCACGACUUUCGCACCUUUAUGAGCGUCAGCCGCCAGAAGGGCCCAACCCGCGACCAUCCCAUGUUCACGCUGCGUAAGAUCGACGAGAUCAAUAUACUUCCCGGCCGCUCUCUGUCACUGUCCUCGAACGCCAAGGUGGCCAACGAGACCUACGACUACUGGGACAUCGAAAUUAAGGCCAAGUCCUUCCUGUACAAACAAGUGCGUCGUAUCGUGGGCACUUUGAUAGCCCUGGGCAGCGGCCGUAUCGACGAGAAGUGCAUCUAUCAGAUGCUGACCAUUCCUUCAAAGAACUCGUGGGAUCAUCGGAUACACCUGGCGCCGGCCUGCGGCCUCUACCUGUGCCGAGUGCACUACCGCGAAGAAGCGGACAACUAGGAGGGCUAUUAUGAUAC